ACACUGAGCACGAGCUUCAGAUGUAACCAGACAUCAACAGCUUCACAGCUUUACUGGACACUUUUCACCUCAGAUUCACUUCAGUAAAAACAUCUGAUUGCUUCCCAGUGACAGCUGUAUUUUCCUUCACCAUGGCUUGGUUGUUUCAAGAUUCUCCAACUUUCAAAGAACCAUGGAGAGUCAUACCAUGGGGGAAUAGAAAUGAAGAAUUGGAUUAUGUGAGGAAUUUUAAACCUCGUUCAGGAGUUAAACAUCUCAGAGUUCUGCUGCUUGGACUGCCAGGCUCUGGAAAGUCCGCCUUCAUCGACUCUGUUGACACCACUCUCCGAAGAAGAGUUUCAGCUCGAGCUUUGGCAGCUACUAACUAUGACCGCAGCUUCACUCAGGAAUACCGAAGUUAUAAAAUCCAGACAGAAACGCCUGGAACCUUUUAUCCUCUUGUAUUCUGUGACACCAUGGGUAUUGAGAAGGGGUCUGGGAGAGGAGUUGAUGUGGAAAAUAUCAAACUGAUCCUGAAAGGACACGUCAAAGAAGGAUUCAAGCUCCUUCCUGGCAGUAAACCAACUGGAUCCAACUACAUUGAUACUCCGACCAUCAAUGACAAAGUUCAUGUUCUGGUUUGUGUUGUUCCUGCCACCACAGUAAACCUGAUGGAGAAAGAGCCUGUUAUAAAGAUAAAAGAGGUCAGAGAAGAAGCCCGGGAUUUAGGAAUCCCACAAAUAGCGAUCCUCACCAAAGUUGAUGAAGCCUGUCCUGAAGUCAAAAAAGACCUGAAGAAAGUGUACAACAGCAAGCGCAUACAAAAACAGAUGGAAAAAGUGAGUGUUCUGCUGGGCAUUCCGAUGAACUGCAUCUUCCCAGUGAAGAACUACAGCUCAGAAAUCAAUACAGACGAUGAGACGGAUUCACUGAUACUGAGCGCAAUGAGAAAGAUCAUUGACUACGGAGAUGACUUCCUGAAUGACCAGUCUGCUUCAGAUGACAAUGACAUUUAGGAAAUCACCUUCAUUCACUACAUGGAACAUGAUUCAAAAACCUGAUAAUAAAAUCAAUGACAUUUAACACCUGAAAACAGAACUGAAAUGUUAUCAAUAUCAGCAGUAUCAUAACUUACUGAGUUCUGUAUGAAUGUUCAUGAAUGAAGAUAAACAGGCAGUAUGGUGUGAGCUUACAGUUCUUCAGAGGUCAGACCAAAACACGAAGAUUUGUGCACUGCCCUCUUUAUAACUUUGGUGUCUUUGUGCAGAUUUUUUUCUUGGGUAUUUUUGUUCAGUUUUGAAUUAAAAUUGUUCUCCAGAUCAAGUCCUCCAACUGAAACGAGCACUGUGGUUUUCAAUUCAUGCCUCAAAUUAUGACCAUGGGGUACGUUUUAAAAACAAGUGCCUCCUGGUGACCAUGUAAAUAAUGUCACGAACACAUUACGUACUGGAGGAGUGGUCAGCAUUACAAUGAUGUCAGCAGUAUCACAACUUACUGAGUUCUGUAUGAUGAAGUUAAACAGGCAGUAUAGUGUAAGCUUUCAGUUCUUCAGAGGUCAGACCAAAACACGAAGAUUUGUGCGCUGCCCUCUUUAUAACUUUGGUGUCUUUUGAGGGGGGGGGAUGUUCUUUGGAUUAAUUAAAAUUUCUCUCCAGAUAUAAGAUGGAUUAUUAUUGCUGCAAAAGUGAAUUUCACUUAAUUUAAAAUUGAUUUUUUUGAACUUUUAAAUAGCUACUGUUUUUCAUGUUUGAGGAAUCACUAAUUAUACUGAUUUUGAAGUCAAAUGCAAUGAGACUUGCUGUUGAAUUGUUCUUAUAAAUAUUUAUUCAAAGAAAACUUAGUGAUUAUUAAGUGGAUUGAAUGAUUAUUAAAUGCCAAGACUUCCCGUUUCUGUUAAAGCUGCUGUAGGCAGGAUUUUGCUAGUCAAUGCUAAUUUUUCUGUGUUUUCUGUGGAUUAAAUGUAAGAGUAUCCAUUGAUAAUCCUUUAGGAGUGUAGCAUAACUGCUCUACUGC